CGCUAUGCCUUAUCCAAUAAAAAGAGAGGGCUAGAAGCCUCUGAUUUGCAUAACGUCCAUAUAAAAGGAAGUUGCACCUCGACUGUCGCUAGAGUAGAGUCUGGGUUGUCAAGAUGCCGGAGCCGGCUAAAUCGGUCCCUGUUUCCAAGAAGGGUUCUAAGAAAGCGGUAACGAAGACUCAUAAGAAAGGCGAUAAGAAGCGGAAGAAGGUUAGAAAAGAAAGUUAUUCGAUCUACGUGUACAAAGUCUUGAAGCAGGUUCACCCGGACACGGGCAUUUCUUCCAAGGCCAUGAGUAUCAUGAAUUCUUUUGUGAACGACGUUUUCGAGCGUAUCGCUGGCGAAGCCACUCGUUUAGCUCAUUACAACAAGCGCUCCACUAUCACUUCCCGAGAGAUUCAGACGGCGGUGCGGCUCCUGCUGCCGGGAGAGCUCGCUAAGCACGCGGUCUCUGAAGGCACAAAGGCCGUCACCAAAUACACCAGUUCCAAAUAAACCGCCGCUUUUGAGUCUAGCCCAAACGGCUCUUUUAAGAGCCACCUACCCCUUCAAUGAAAGAGAAUUUGU